AUGGCUAUCAUACAUGUAGAGAUGCUGAUUUAAGAAAAAUUUGCAGUGGUCUCUUAAUUUUUUCCAGAGCUGUAUAGUGAUCAUCCUGUAUGAUGUAUUCCAGUUUUUCAUUUAAUUGGUUUCACUUGUUUAUGAAAUGUGACCACACAUUUCAUGCUUAAUGUGCCAUAUUGUGGGGGACACAAUUACAAGAAUGAUUUGAAACAAAUAAAUUAAAUGUCAAAUGGUUUAAUUUGAUUUCUGUAUGAAUCUCUUUUGUCAAACCAAACCACGACUGAAUUGAUUUGCUGAAAUUGAUGCCCUUGCACUGUCAAUUGCUUAUUUCAGAGUGGAUACAAAUGACAUUUCCUGUGAUUGUGUCAAUCUGCCUCCCUCUCCAACCAGUCGUCGAUGACAGCAGGAGUUGAUGACGUCCAGCUCCCAGGAUCAAUAUGGAGCCCCCUAAAAACUCUCACUUGCUUCGAGUUGUGCCACUAGCUAAUAUUUCGGUGACUGCUUAUUCCUUGCUGUCCAAGAUUGGUUGCCCGUAGUUGGAAGAAAACAUAAGUUUUUGGUCUAAAAUAAGACAUUUCGGUGAAAAUAAGACAUGCUAGCUUUAGCGGCUAAUCAGCUAACGGGGACUAGUGUGUGGCUAACUAACUUGCUAGCCAGCUCGCGAACUAGCGGCUGCAAUGGAACGCCCGAUUUGGAAGUCGUCGUGUUUUGCUGCUGCGAGAAACACUUGUAAUGAUUCAACUGGGACGGAGAAUAUAGCUAAUAUUGAUGUCUAAAACCAACCACUAAACACAGGGAACAGGUCUAAUUUGCUGCUUACAGUACUUUAUUUGCUGUUUAAGAAUGUGGGAUUGCUGCAAGCGGACCUCGAGAGCAACACACUGGUCUUUCUUUAAGAGGAAAGGAGGGAGAAGAGCAGUCACCAACUCUGUUUAAAGGAAGAGUGGUUUAAAACUAAAAAGAAAAGGAUAGAACACAGACCCCUGUAAAACUCAUUGCCUUCCAUAGGCUACUGUGGCUAAACCAGUCGCAGGACAGACUCACUGUGUUUGAGUGUCUGUCUGUACACCGGGAGGGCCCUCAUGCCUCCACCAACCAUGCAGUGAGGGUGAGCUGGCAGUGUGCCCCCUCUCACCAUGCUGGCUCUGGGCCUAGAAGAGGGGAGAGGUGGACAGGGCCAGGCUACUGUAGCCUGGCAGGCACCCUCCUCAGGGAGGCCUCUAACCCAGGACCCAGGGAGGCCUCUAACCCAGGACCCAGGGAGGCCUCUAACCCAGGACCCAGAGAGGCCUCUAACCCAGGACCCAGGGAGGCCUCUAACCCAGGACCCAGGGAGGCCUCUAACCCAGGACCCAGGGAGGCCUCUAACCCAGGACCCAGGGAGGCCUCUAACCCAGGACCCAGGGAGGCCUCUAACCCACAAACCAGGCCUCAACAUCAAGCAGAAGAUCUCUCAGUGGGAAGGCCUCUGUCAACCAGACAGCGGUGGGAAGGCUGAUAGGGUCAAAGUGCUUGCACCAGUUGCAUCCCGAUCUCUUUCGGAGGAUGUCCAGGGUAACGGAGUAUGUAGUGACAGUAGGAGAGGCGGACCUCACGGCAAAGCCAACCUCUCUAAAGCCAAAAGCCUGGGUUUAGAUUUCAGGGAAAACCUACAAGCACGGGGCAUACACACAGGCGUCAGCAGAAAGUCGGAUCCCCCUCAGAAUCACUCCUGUUUCAGUAAGACUUCAACUGCAAUAUCAGAGUCCAAGCCAUUUACAGCACCUUCGCAAACUCUUACAACAUACACUACAAACAUCUUCCAAGUAGAAAGGAUCAUCACCACCAAUGGCGAACUGAAGGUGGGUGGUGUGUUGGAAGUUAAGUUGACCAAACCCCUACCUCUGUCAGUGGAUGACCAUGGUGAGAGCCUGCCCCCAGGGAAUUUCUACACCUCAAGGGGCUUCUGGCGGAGGCUGGAGGGAAAUGAGUUGUUCUGGGAGAAGGGAAAAAAUACCUCAGCAGAGCCUCAGAGUGCUGUUGGUCCAGUGCCUCACCCGCCACUGAAACCACAACGGACGUUUCAGUAUCGAGGAGCAGACAGCACCCCAGCACAAUGGGUCCAAUGGGAUAGCAGGACUCCAUCUGCCAACCAAUCCAACACCAAGAGCAAUGGCAUAACCCACCCACCCAGCUUCCCACCACCCCUGUGUCCUGUCAGCCGUGGCAAUGGGUUUUCCAGACACAAAAAUAGCAGGAAGUCAUUUGAGUUUGAGGAUGUGGUGCGGUUGACAGAGCAGCAGGGAAGUGAGGCCAAGCGCUCUGGCCUAUACCAUGCCUUCUCUGACGACAACAUUUAUGAGGACAUUAUCUCUGGACCCCUGACCAGAGACAACCCAUAUGAGGAUGUCAAGCAGUCUCCUACUAUGUGUCUCCCCAUCGGGCGUCCCCGACCCUGGACCAUGGCACAGAGACCGAACCCUCGCACCCCAAAGCUCCCUCCCAAGCCUCUCACGUUGCGGGUGGAGAGGAAGGAGUCACCUACAGAAGCGCCCCCUAGACCUGCCUUACCCAAGCGACCCACAACCACCCAUAAAACACACAGACUGCCUCAGUAUGUCAACAGGAUUCAUGUGAUCUUUGACACCAAGCGAGGGAAGAAGAGAGUGAAGAGCCAGGGAGGUUCAGCUCGAGAGGAGACCAGUGGAACUGAGAGUGACCCAGAGGACAACACUAAAGGAGGGUCCAGGCGCUCAGUCUAUGUCCAGUCCACGCUAAAGCGGAGGCCAGGCUACCGCACCCUGGAGAAGGACCUGAUCCAGCUCCAGCAACAGCAGCUCUUCCAGUUCUUUGUGGUGGUGUCACUCAGAAAGAGUUUCUCAGGAAACACCUACUCCCCUGAGAUCACACAACAGUUUCCCAACAAGUUUGAGAAGUCUUCUUGUCACUCCCGUGAAGCAGAAGACCGGCUGAAGGCCAUUCCCAAGUUCUGCUUCCCAGACUCUCAGGACUGGCGGCCUUCUGGAGACCUGCACAGUGAAACCUUCUCUUUUGUCUUGACGGGAGAGGAUGGCAGCCGGUGGUUUUGUUACUGUCGUAAGAUCCUGCCAAGCGGAAAGGGGAAAAGACUGCCUGAAGUUCACUGUAUUGUAAGCAGGCUGGGCUGCUUCAACCUGUUUGCUAAGAUCUUGGAGGAGGUAGAGAGGCGCAGGGAGAUCUGUCCAGCCCUAGUGUCCCCCUUCAUGCGUAGCGUCAUGGAGGCUCCUUUUCCCGCCCCUGGAUGCACCAUCACACUCAAGAGCUUCCUCCCAGGCUCAGGAAAUGAGGUGCUGACGCUGUACCGGCCGGUAGACUCAAGGCUGGAGCACGUGGACUUUGAGAGCCUGCUGCAGUGCCUGAGUGUUGGGAGACUCCUACAGGUGUUUGCCUCUCUACUACUGGAGAGGAGGGUCAUCUUCAUUGCUGACAAACUCAGCGUUCUGUCUCGUUGUGGCCAUGCCGCGCUGGCGCUGCUCUACCCGUUCACCUGGCAGCAUACAUUUGUGCCUGUGCUGCCCGCUAGCAUGCUGGACAUUAGCUGCUCUCCCACUCCCUUCCUCAUGGGGGCGCUGGAACCCUGCCUGCCUGAGCUUCUGGAGCUGCCCAUAGAGGAGGUGCUUAUUGUGGAUUUAUGCACGGACAAGUUUGUCAAACAGCUUGGUGAUGAGGACUGUAUCUUGCCAAGUAAGCUUCAGGCUGCACUGCUGCAGAUCCUGGAGGAGAGAGAGCAGAUACUGCGGCAAGAUGAAGGAGACUGCACAGGAGGCCAGCAGUGUGGGCUGAGCUCCCUGGUGUCGGAGGCCUUUGUGCAUUUCUUUGUGGAGCUGGUGGGCCACUACUCCCUCCACAUUGGCGAGAGCAGCGCCAGCCGGACUCGGGAGCUGCAGAGGGAGAGCUUCCGCAAGUCCCACCCCUCCCGCGGGGCCCGCCAGUUCCUGCAGCUCUUCAUGGACACACAGAUGUUCGCCGGCUUCAUCCACGACAAGGAGCUGCGCAAGGGAGGGGGCAAAGGGCUUUUUGAAUUUAGAGCUGCAGAAUAUCUGGCCUCAAACCCUGAAUCUAGCGGGUUCCUCAAGGGACUCAAAGGACUCGGGAUGAAAUUCCUAUUGAAGAAGUGACAAUGUCAGCACUCUGGUUGAAAAUGCUUCUGUAGGAGAAGAUCAGGAUCUUCCGCCGGAUUGGCCAAGACACGUGUGCAUAUGAUGUCACAGCUAUAGAUAUGUACUUGAAUCGACCAGAACAUAAUGGUGUUUGGCACAUAGGUCCACAGUCUUAGAUAUAAGGCUCGGGUUGAGACACGACCAUUCUCUUUGUAUUGCCCUAAAAGCACUCCAUGCUGGAGUGAAGUGCAAUUGUAAUUGGAGGAAAACUGGAAAUGUGCAUUUAUGUGCAAACAAGCUUCGAUGAAGACUUGACAUAGCAGAAGAAAGGCAGGAGGAAACAUUUCAGCUACAAGACCUGCUUUUAACUUAAGCAAAUGCCAUCAUAAACUAACCCAUGCCGUUUUCUGUCUUUUGCUCUUCAUUUUUUUAAAUGUUUGGUUUUAGCCAAGUGUUUUGAGUGUUUGCUCUCAGUAUUAUGGAUAAAGUUAUUUCUAAGUUUAGUUUUGAACUUGUGUCUAGCAUGUCUAGUUGGAGAAAAAUAAGGUAGGCUACUCUUGUUACCCUUCAGCACUCUGUUACAAAACAAUGUAAGAAUAAUUGUAUUGUGUGCAUGAUUGUUAUUUUAAAAAUGACAUUACAUGUUUUUAAACUGAGGUUAAUGUAUGUUGUCCCUGACAUUUUGUUGUCCUUGACAAAUGUUCCAAAUAAUGUUUGGAUCAUUAAGAUAAUGCAUUAUAUUCACAUUUCUAACCGAUUUUGAAUAGCUCAAUUCUGUAUAGCUCAUUCUGUAACAAAAUAUUUUGUUUACAAUUUUUAGCUACUAUUAUGCAUUGUUUUGAAUUGUGAACUUAAUGUGAGAUUGUAUGAGCCUGUUAGAAUACCCUAGUAAUUUGAUAUGACAGGUGAAAGCUCUUCACAAAGUUUGAUAAAAACAUUUGAUGUUCCCAUGUGGGUUUAGAAAGCCAUAAACAGAGACCAGAAACUAGUCACACCUCAA